UAAGGAGGUGAUUUCUUCCCUGCUCACCCGAGCCUUUUCCACAGAGCAGCCACCGCUGCAUCACUGCUGUCGCCUGGGCGCGGGCCGAUUUGCCCCAGGCGACCUCAGCACAGCCCGGCCCCGCACUGCCGGCCGUGUUCGCCCCGGCGGGCUCAGCACGGCCCGGCCCUCACGCAGCCCUAGGCCGCACUGCAGGGCCUGCGAGAGCGGGGAGGUAGCCGGGGCGCAGCACCCUGCACCUAACAGCUCCCCAAGCUGGCUCCUGGGAAUGGAGACUGGGAGCGAACACGGGCCACUGGCACCCUCCCAUCGCCACGCAUCCUGACAAGGCCCUCUGUCUCAGGGACCUCUCGUUGCCGGACGGUGGGGAGAGAACCCGGGCGCUUUCAGAGACUUCACUGGGAGAAAACUUCGCUGCCGCCACCACCACCACCACUGGAAGCAAAGUACCAAGGAACGGUACCGACAGAGAGCUGACACUUUCCCAACCCGAGCCCUCUUCUGAAGUUCAGUCCCCGCUACUGCCACCCCGCGCUGCCCCGCCGCCGCUCCCAGCCCAGCCCGCCCGACGCAGCUGCGGGGAACUCCCUCUCUCCCGCUCUAGCCCUUUCCCGUUCCCACUUUCCACCCGGUGUCCUGUAGCGGCGGGGCGGGGUGGGCCGGUUCCAUUCCUCUCCCCGCCCCUCCCACCGCCCUCCCCCAGGCCGCUAUAAGCCCGCGGAGUUUCCGCGUCCUGUGACUGCAGUCAGGUGGUGGCUGAGGUUUCCCGCUCCCUCCCGCCUCUGUCCCGCUUGGUCUUCCCCCGCCCGGCGAGGGCCGGCCCUGCGGAGAGCCGGCUGGGGAAAGUUGGAGGAAAGUUGCUGCCUGGGAAAGUUUAGAAGCGGAAGAGCCGCGGCCCCGGCAGCCCGGCCUCUCCGCCGCACUCCACGGAAGGGAGGGAGGGAUGGCCGGCGGGGAAGGAGCGGGCAGCGGCGUGCCGGAGUGCCGGGAGCACCUCUUCAAGGUGCUGGUGAUCGGGGAGCUGGGCGUGGGCAAAACCAGCAUUAUCAAGCGCUACGUGCACCAGCUCUUCUCCCAGCACUACCGGGCCACCAUCGGCGUGGAUUUCGCGCUCAAAGUCAUCAAUUGGGACAGCAAGACCCUGGUGCGGCUGCAGCUCUGGGAUAUCGCAGGCCAGGAGCGCUUUGGAAAUAUGACCAGAGUAUACUACAAAGAGGCAGUUGGUGCUUUUGUGGUCUUUGAUGUCACAAGAGGUUCCACUUUUGAGGCUGUUUCAAAAUGGAAGCAUGAUUUGGACAGUAAAGUAUUACUUCCCAAUGGCAGCCCCAUCCCUGCUGUUCUCCUUGCAAACAAGUGUGACCAGAAGAAAGAUGGCAGCCAGAAUCCCUCUCAAAUGGACCAGUUCUGCAGAGAAGGUGGCUUUGUUGGAUGGUUUGAAACAUCUGCCAAGGACAACAUCAACAUAGAAGAAGCUGCUCGAUUCUUGGUGGAAAACAUCCUUGCCAAUUACAAAACCUUUCCUAAUGAAGAGAAUGAUGUGGGGAAACCAAAACUGGACCUAGACCCAUUGAAAGCAGAGAGUAAAUCACAGUGCUGCUAAUUCUACCACUGUUCAGUAGAUGUGAUGGGAUGAGCAGCAGGACUUUGCUUUAAAUCCAAAUGCUGCUAUGGUGAUGCAUUGUGACAAUCCAUAUGGGGUGUCUGGUACUAUCUGAAUUGGUGACUCAUUUGGGUGUUUACAUAUUCUUGUUUAGCAUGAAACUGAGUAUCUUGUGAGUUAUUAUUCCACUUGCUUGAGUGUCUGCAUCUAAGUCUGAUUAGUGUCUUCUUACUUGAGAACAUAAGGUAGUGUUUACACUCCUAAAAGGAACAAAGACAACAUCAGUGUCUAGUUUGUUUCUAGGACAUAUGCUACAUUCCAAAUAGGACUCACUUUUAGGUGAAUAGACUCUUGCACCUUUUAAAGUAAACUUUUCCUUUGUCACCAUUUAUGUCCCACUUGAGCCUUCUCACCAGCACAAUUGUCCCUAUUUAUUAUCCCCACCAUGAGGAUCUGUCUCUUUGCUAGUUUUCCUGGAUCAAGACAUCCCAGAAAUCUUGAAGAGGCCAAUGAAAGAUGCGAGGUAUCUUUCCUAGUGUGAUCACUAAGAAUGAGUGAAGUAGAUGUCUUUUACCACUGAGUAAAAGCAAGAUGGUUGUUACUGUGUUUAACAAGGGAAAGACAUGGUUAUGGAGAUACUAAUAAAAAUGCAUCUCCAGAAAUUUAAGUCUGAAUAUUUUCAGCUAAUACUUUACAUAUGAAACACAUUAAUGAAUACAGUUGUACUGCUGGCACAUAGUUAUGGUAACCUUACCCCUAUGCACAUCCAGAAAUAAAUAUCUAGUAAUGUUUUCAUGCACUAACACUGAAAACUUUACCAAGAGUCCAAAAAGUAUUUUACUGUCCUGUGAUGAUGAACUUGCUUCUUUUUUCUGCUGUCCAGAGAUGGUUUUGAAUACCAUGAGCAAGGAUAGAGGUCUUGAGGAAAAUAGCUUAAUUGGUUCAUGCUAGUCUGUCAACCUUUCUGCCCCAAGCUCUUUGUCAGUUUUAGAACUCUUUUGACUGCUUUGAACUAAUGAACCGGCUUACCAGUUUGUAACUGUAUACUGAGAUACUUAUGUUUCUUUGUUAUAACACUCAUGUAUUUUUGGCAGCAAAUGAAGUUCAAAAAGAUUAGAGAUAUUUCAUGGUUCUUGAAUGUGUUCUGGAACUCUGGUUCUGAUAGGCUCAAAGGCUUUGAAGCUCCUCUUAUUUUAGGGUUUCUUCUGUCCUGGUACCUCAUUGCUAUUGACUUCAGAAGUCUUACCUUGCUGGGUUUGAUGGUACUGAUGUUUAGGUAAACAUCAGAAUUAGGUAUAUGUAGGAUUUGAUGUACUUAAUCUGUAUUGAGAUUUCUUAGGCUGUCUUUUUUUCUAAAGAAUAACAUACUUUUUAAGAGUUAAAUAAAUAUAUUUGGGCAUCUUUUA